AAAGUGGUACUAUCUGGGACCACGUCGGACACUUUAGGGAAGUGGCCUCUGCGGGGCGGAAGUGGGAUGAGAGCAGCGGAAGUUUCCGCCCCGUCCCGCCUCCGCUCACGGCUCAUGUAAACUGGGUGUUUCCUGCCUCUCAGUCCGCAUUUGGAGACUCCGGCGUCCUCCGACUUUUAAUGGAAGAGAUGUCAGGAGAAAGUGUGGUGAGCUCAGCGGUGCCAGCGGCUGCUACCCGCACCACUUCCUUCAAGGGUGCAAGUCCCAGCUCCAAGUAUGUGAAGCUGAAUGUCGGGGGAGCCCUCUACUAUACUACCAUGCAGACGCUGACCAAGCAGGACACCAUGCUGAAAGCCAUGUUCAGUGGGCGCAUGGAGGUGCUCACCGACAGUGAAGGCUGGAUCCUCAUUGACCGGUGUGGGAAGCACUUUGGUACAAUUCUCAACUACCUUCGAGAUGGGGCUGUCCCCUUGCCUGAGAGCCGCCGGGAGAUCGAGGAGCUGCUGGCAGAAGCCAAGUACUACCUGGUCCAGGGCCUGGUGGAAGAGUGCCAGGCGGCCCUGCAACAGAACAAAGACACUUAUGAGCCUUUCUGCAAGGUUCCUGUCAUCACCUCAUCCAAGGAAGAGCAAAAACUUAUAGCGACUUCAAAUAAGCCAGCUGUGAAGUUGCUCUACAACAGAAGUAACAACAAAUACUCAUAUACCAGCAAUUCUGAUGACAAUAUGUUGAAAAACAUUGAACUGUUUGAUAAGCUGUCUCUGCGCUUUAACGGAAGGGUCCUAUUCAUAAAGGAUGUCAUCGGGGAUGAAAUCUGCUGCUGGUCUUUCUAUGGCCAGGGUCGCAAGAUUGCUGAAGUGUGUUGUACCUCCAUCGUCUAUGCCACUGAGAAGAAGCAGACCAAGGUUGAGUUCCCUGAAGCCCGGAUUUAUGAGGAGACCCUGAAUAUUUUGCUGUAUGAGGCCCAAGAUGGCCGGGGACCUGACAAUGCUCUCCUGGAGGCCACAGGCGGUGCAGCUGGACGCUCCCAUCACCUGGAUGAGGAUGAGGAGCGGGAGCGGGAGAGGAUCGAGCGUGUGCGGCGGAUCCACAUCAAGCGUCCGGACGACCGGACCCAUCUUCACCAGUGAGCUGGCCAGUGGACCCAGCCGCCUUCCCCUGCCUCCUCCCCACCCUGCCACACGCAUCCUCUGCAGGCUCCCAGGCACCUUCUACUUCCCCUGCAGCCUGGACAUAUUUUUAUAAUAAGCCAGAUAACGAUUUUGAUAUUUCUCGACAAGGUGAAUUGCUCCUGCCUUGACCCAGGUGUACACACCCCUGUAGUUGCUGAACAAGCUGCGUCCAAGGUGUCUACUUUUCAUGAGAAUCUGGAGCCAGGCUUUGUUGGUUCUCGGAGGAAAAGUAUGAAUGAGUGUGAAGUGUAUGGGAGAACUUUGUUUGCAGUAUUUAUUUUUGUGGGUGUUGACUACCUACUAGGGCUUCUUGAGUGACACUCCUUCAGGUUUCAGUUUGACAAUUCCGAGAGGGGCUCCGCAGGUGGUGGCCACCAGAGGUGUCUGAGCUGUUCGUUUCCCAACCCCCUACUCUCAACCGCCUGGCUUCUGGCUCCUGUGCCUUCCGACUAGGCACAGUUUAUCCAGCUUUCCUGGGAAUCCACUCUGCAGUGUGGGUCUAUGCCUGGAGCUUAUUGAUAAAUACUUUCAGCUUGUGGCUUGGAAAAUGUGACCUACCGAGUCUAAUUGCUUCUAAUGCUUUUAUUUUCGUACAUCUUUGGGUAUAAAACCUUCGCUGCCUUGGCUGAUCUUUGAUCUGGUGCUUGCUGGCAAGGAGUGGAGUUUUCUCUGGCAGCGAGUGCCCAGCUCCCUUCCUGGCUCCUGCCCCUUCUACCUGGUGACCCUGCUGAUCUGCUCCAUUCCAGGAAGGGCACCCGGCCCUGCUGCAGGUAACUCACACUCUGCCUCUCCAGAGCAUCCACUCUUUCUCCCUGGCCCUCUCCCUCAUAGACUCGGGCUUGCUUCAGCAGGUGGGUGCCUUGCCCUUUUGUCAGGAAUUCACCGUGGCCCCAGACUCUGUCCUCCCAGCCAGGCACCCCUCAUACCACCAGCCCACGUCUCGGGUGGCUUCCCUGCCGUAACACAGGGUCACCUGGAGAUCCCUUCUUGCCUUUGUCUCUGAUUCUAUGCAGACUAGAGUGGCCAUCGGUGAACAGGUUGAGAGGAUGUGCAGAUACCUUUGGGUCCAGUUUGUGCCUGUGUUCAUGUUUGUGUAGGGAAUGUGUGCGACUGUUAGUGAGGAUGUGUGUUGUGGGGCACAGGUGGCCCGAGCCGGAGCCUGCUGUGCACGGUGCUCAUUAGGACGGACGUUCUCAGUUACCUACCUCCCUGCUUCCUCUGCACUUGCGCAGGAACGGAAGUGAAUGCUGACUGAUGUGGGUGGUGAGACUAGACUAGAGUAGCUACAAGGAGAUGUGAGUAUGUGGCAGGUAUUGGAUGGGUUUUGUUUGCUUAGCAAGGAAUCAUUUUUGUUUUAUACCAAAGGUAUUAACAUGGGCAGCCUUUGACACCUGUGUCUAAAAAACGAGUUUCUAUUUUGCAACGGUUUUUACAGCUUAGACUUUGUACCUGUGACAGUUGUCUGCCUUUCUUUUGUAUCCAUUAGCAAAGCCUACAAUAUUUAAACUUUAAAACAAUCAAGACUGAACCUAAAAAUGUGUUGGGUAGAUGCUUUUUAAACUGUUGUGUAGGAAACUUUUAUAUGAGGCUCUUUGGAUUUUAUUAAGUGCUAUGGAAAGGGAGCUUACAAAAUAAUGUUUCCUAAAUAUUUUAUACUGUUUUUGAGUUUUAAACGUCAACCCUGCCAUUUGGGUUAAACAUUUUUAAAGUUAAAGUGAAUGUCUGUUCUGAUGUCUUCUGUAGGAAUGGAAAAGCCAUUGCAUAAAUUCUGCUUUGUAAGUGUUUGUGUGGAUAAGUUUGUGAAACAGUCUGAUUUGUUUCGGCUUUCAUAUACGUAUGCCUUAUGACCUGCCAUUUCUGGCAACUCUUGGUACCUUCACUCUCCCUUCAACUUUGCACCUGUAAGUUUGCAUCUCUGCCUCCCAGGGAUACAAAGAGGUUUAUAAAACAUUCUGCGGUGAAUGAUUCUGUCAGCUGCGUGUAGCCAGAAGCUGACAGACAAGUAUUGGCUGGUCCAGGCUCUGCUCAAAUAAGACUCACAAGGAAAGGGACUUUUCAUAUCUUAGCAUUAAGGGCAGAAGUCAAUAAUUUUAUUUAUGAAUCGUCUAAGUAAAACACUGGUGUAAGAUUUGCUGAAGUAGUAAGGUUUUAUUUCACUGUAAAAGCUUACAGGUAAAAAUGAGAACAGCUUUUGCUCCAUGGUAAUCAAGCUCAAUUUUUGUUUUGAGUAAGUCAUCUGAUGGAGGCUGGGGGUCUGAAACAGGCCCUGCGUGUCCUUUCUCUUGCCUUCCUGUGGUGGCUGCACUGGUGACCUCGCAGGCCCCUGGUCCCGGUGCGGGUGUGUUCACCCAGACCUUGUAUUUGUUGUUGGGGACCUACAUGUGCCACCCCCAGCCCCAUGUUAUCUUUAGGGCUUCACCCCAAGUCACUGUAACACAUUUCAGCAUGUCAUUAACCUUUCUCUUCUCUCUGUGCUAUGACAAAAAUGCAGUAAGUUUUGGAAGUAGUCACUGUUUCUCUUUUACAAGCAUUUGUGGACAUAUGUAAAAAAUAAAACUUAUACCAUGCUUCUAUUUAAAUCUAUUUCCUGGGUCUUUUCUGAAGUGCGCAGCACAGUGGAGCCACUGAUAACAGAGCAAGGAAGAGCUCCUACAUUCUCCUUUGUCACCUUGAAAUUGCUCACGGUGGAAAGAAAAGAUGAGUCAUUUUGCUGUAGUGUUUGAAUUUAACACUGAAAGGAAGUCUCGAUGAAGAUGCUGGCUGGCUCAUAAAAAAGCAGAAUGAAUCCGCUGGUGUUGCCACUGAUUUAACGUGGAAGGGCUGGGGUACUCCACUUAAUAACUGGCACCUAAAGAGCCUGCAGAAAUGUAUGCCAAUUCCUUGAAACUUGCAAAUUCCCUUUGUUUAAAGAAACAUUCAAAAUUUGCAGCUUUGUGAGAUUUCAUUUGCUUCCUCUCAGACCAUAUGUAGUAUUUCAUUGUGUCUCGGGUAGCUGGACAAAGGCAGCGUGUCCAGUUCACACCCAACAGUGCCAUGCUGAGUGCCCAUCGAGUGUAGGUCCUUCCUGGGAUGUAUAAAAAUACCCUGUUAUACGACUUGAGGUCAGCUCCCAGAAGACAUUUUAAUACAGCGCCACCUGGCAGCUGAGAAGCUGGGGUCAGGCUUUGGCAGAGCAUGUUACUCGGUGUCUUCAGAUGUGAUGCUUUCCGAAGAGCCACUGGCAUGUUUUUUCUUGCAGACGUAGCUAACUGGGUCAAAUUCCUGCUUCCCCGGUGCUUGCCUCAGUUGGACAGAAACAGGAUUGAUAGAACUCAGAUGCAUCCCGCCAUCAGGACUCCCUCCACACCGACACCUGGGGAGAGUCACCCUGACUUCAGAACCUCACGGCUCCCCCGUUUUUACUUUUGGUACUGAACUAAGGCUCUUGUGCUUGAGAGGCAGGUGGUGAAACCAUUAAGCGAAAUCUGUGCCCCUCACAGCUCCCCUCUGGGGAGGAAGCAGUUGCCUGGCCAAGGUGGGCGGAUGAGCUGAGAAACCAGCUCCACCUCCUAGGGAACAGGCUGGCUUUAGAAAGCGGCUCAGUGAGGCUUGUUGGCAUCUUUAGCUUGAGCCAGUGGAGGAGGAAGAGACUGUGAGAGAUUCAGGUUUCAGGUUUAAGACAGCAUAGCCUGUAAACUGAAAAUGCACCUCAUGACUUACAUUCCAGUGAGCUUUAACUCCCUGAAGGGGAGGGGACCCAUUAGGCAGUGAAAGACACUUGUGUCAUAUUUAUGUCUAUGAAAAAUUGUAUAAAUAUGUAAAUAGCUAAAUAAUACAGGUGAUAAUUCAUUGUUUAAUUUAUAUCCAUUCUUGGUAUAAACAAUACACAUUGUAACGAUUCUGCCUUCUCUG